AUGGAAGACUUUGAUGCUAUGCCAUUAUACAUGUGGAUGGGGCUGCCAAAAACUAUGGAUGGUGGUUCAUCAAUCACAAACUGCCAGUUCCGCUAUUUAAUGGUAAUUGAUCCUCACUGGACAAAGAAGUAUCUUCCCCAGCAAACUGAUCUUCUACAUGUUCUAUGCAAAAGUGAAGACGUUUGGAGGCUUCCUCCACCAGAACCAUUUAGACGUCGCCGCUCUACAAAGCAUAAUGUGUGUAUGGAAAUCAAAACACCAAAAUCUGCCAAGACUAAGCCAAACGUGCCACUUCCAAAUAAACCUCUUCCCUUGCCAUCGCCAGCCCUCAGUGUGACCAAACAGACUGCCAGAACUUUGCCUACAGCCCACGUCACUCCUGUCACAGUAGGGUGCCAUGAUCCAAGGCUUGUUGACUCUGAAGAGGACAUUAUCUCUGAAAAUGAGGCCUAUUUGCCCCUAACUGCCGACUGCACGCCAAAGAAAUCACCAAGCUUACUCCAGAAAAUGGGCUUAAAGUUCAGGAAGUCUGUGGAGUAUAUUGGUGCUUCAAAUGGUGCCUUUCAGGAAGACUGA